AUGUCUGUCAUGACUGCUCCCGCCUCAUCGGCAUCGACAACGCAGGACCGCACGCGGGAGGCGCCGCCAGGCUGUCACCCCUUCAUGGCCCUCCCUCUCGAACUCCGCCUCCUGAUCUGGGAGGCCUUCGGCUCUGAACCCCGUGUUCUGGAGUACAGAGAAGACACCUGCCUCAUCGAGCCCGCCCGUGAGUACCGGCAUUCGCGCCCCGUCGGCCUCGGCGUCUGCGCCGAGGCGCGGACGGCCAUCCGUGCCCUUCUCCGCCCCUUCCCGCACCCGCACGACAUCCGAAAGGGGUCUCGCACCUCGCCGUCCGCGCUGGAGUGCGUCCCGGCCUCGGACGUCGUCUAUCUUCCGCCGCCCGUGUACCGCAGCCGCAUCGGGGCGUGGGAUUCACCUUGGACGACGAAGCCCGGCAUCCGAAACGUCGGUGUCCACUGGUCCGUCCUCCCCGACGAGCGACGCAUCGUCGAGGCCCUCAAGGGGUGCUCGCUCUGCUUCACCGACAUGACGAAGCUGGUGGUCUUCAUCGAGUUCAAGCCGCUGCCUCAACCCGAGCAAGAGGCCGGCAACGGUGGUAACGUGAGACUCUUCGGCCAUGCUGAGGACGAGUUCCGGCUGCCUCCGUUGUUUUCCGAGGCGCAAGGGCUGAUGGAUGACUUUUGGACCUGGGGGGAGCUGAGACUUGCCAUCGAGAAGGUGAGGAGGCGGUUGAAUGGGAUGCCCGAGGUUGAAGGGAUGUUGUAUUACCGGGAAGUGGAGGAUCUGACGGGUCGCUGA